UCGUGUUCACCGGCGCUCAAAGAUACGCGCUCUUUAUCAUUUCCUCCACAGUGACAAAGAAGGCGGUCAUGAGAAAGAAGCAUAGCACUCAAACUCAAUGUUGUCCUCCUCAACGACUAGAGCUAAACAAUUCUCUCUAAUUUCCCACCGAAUUUCAAAGUUCAGAGCUUUUCAUGCUUUCUUCCAAGACAUCAAAACAAAUCUUGGAGAUGAUGAUGCCAGAAACAUAGCUCACAAAAAAAGCACACAAACCUCUGGCACAGAAAUGGAGAAGAGCAUAUAUGCAAUUCUCACCAUAGACCGUUGGGAGUCUCUGAACCACAUGGAUUAUAGGUUGGCUUCUCUUAGACCAGUACAUGGAAGGCUGGCUUUGAAAUUUCUCAAUUGGGUCAUUAAACAACCUGGUUUGGAACUCAACCACCUCACUCACAUACUUUCUGUUACAACCCAUAUACUUGUUCGAGCUAGAAUGUAUGACUCUGCCAAAUCAAUUUUGGGGCAUUUGUUGCAAAUGGGAAUUGCCCCAAAACCUGUUUUUGGUGCUCUGAUGGAUACUUACUCUCUUUGCAAUUCAAACCCUUCAGUCUUUGACCUUCUAAUUAGAGUUUAUUUAAGGGAAGGAAUGGUUGAUUAUGCUGUAGAGACUUCGUAUUUAAUGGGUUUUCGGGGAUUUAGGCCGUCCACUUGUACUUGUAAUAUGAUCCUAGCUUGGUUGGCAAAGGACCAGAAAGCUGGGUCAGUAUGGUCUUUUUUCAAAGAAAUGCUUGCCAAUAAGAUUUGCCCUGAUGUCGCUACGUUUAAUAUAUUGAUUAGUCUUUUAUGUGUUGAAGGGAAGCUUAAGAAAGCUAGUUAUCUUCUGAGAAAGAUGGAAAAGAGUGGCUAUGUUCCAAAUAUAGUUAGUUAUAAUACUUUGCUCAAUUGGUACUGCAAGAAAGGGAGGUAUAAAACAGCCUUUGAGCUUAUUGAUCACAUGGGUUCUAAGGGUAUAGAAGCAGACGUAUGUACAUAUAACAUGCUAAUUGGUGAUUUAUGUAGAAACAAUAGGAGUGCAAAAGGUUAUUUACUGUUGAAGAAAAUGAGAAGGAAGAAGUUAUCUCCUAAUGAGGUUACCUACAAUAUUCUUAUUAAUGGGUUUGUGAUGGAGGGGAAACUUGGUGUUGCUACCCGGGUUUUUGAUGAGAUGUCUACUUUUAAUCUUUCACCGAAUUUUGUUACUUUCAAUGCUUUGAUUGGUGGACUCUGCCAAAAUGGUAAGCUUGAAGAAGCUUUCAGACUUUUGGACAUGAUGGAAGCUAUGGGACUAAGACCUAAUGAAGUCAGCUAUGGGGCUCUUUUGAAUGGGCUGUGUAAGCAUGCCAAGUUUGAUUUAGCAAGAAGUCUUUUUGAGAGAAUGCGGAUGAAUGCGAUUGUUAUUAGUUGUACUAUAUAUACAGCGAUCAUGGAUGGGUUAUGCAAAAAUGGGUUGCUUGACGAAGCUGUGCAGUUGUUUAAUAUGAUGGUCCAGGAUGGUGUGGAUCCUGAUAUUAUAGCAUUUUCGGUGCUCGUAAAUGGACUUUGCAGAGCUGGGAAGAUGAAACAUGCGAGGGAGAUACUAUGUAAGAUUUAUAAAGCUGGCCUUGCACCGAAUAGAAUAAUAUGUUCUACUUUAAUCUACAACUCUUGCAAGAUGGGCAACAUAGUUGAAGCGUUAAAGAUUUAUGCUGUUAUGAAUCACAAUGGCCAUGGUGCUGACCGUUUCACAUGUAACAUAUUGGUUGCUUCGCUUUGUGAAGCUGGAAAAGUAGAAGUGGCCGAAGAUUUCAUGCGUCAUAUGGGCAGUAUGGGUCUUGAUCCCGAUUCCGUUACUUAUGAUUGUAUAAUAAAUGGCCAUGGAAACAUGGGAAAUGGAUUAAAAGCAUUUUCUAUGUUUGAUGAAAUGAUUAAGUCAGGUCAUCAUCCAACUCCAUUCACAUAUGGAAGUAUACUGAAAGGGCUAUGCAAGGGUGGAAAUUUGGGGGAAGCAAGGAAAUUUUUGAAGAAACUCCACGGCAUUCCAUCUGUUGUUGAUACUGUUAUCUACAAUACAAUAAUUUAUGAGACAUGUAAAUCUGGAAAUCUGCAAGAGGCUGUAUCCCUUCUUGAUGAGAUGGUUGAGAAUAAUGUUCUGCCUGAUGAUUAUACGUAUGGUAGCCUUCUUGCUGGGUUAUGCUGGAAGGGAAAAAUGGUUGCCGCCAUCCUGUUGUUUGGGAAACUCAUGGGAAAAGUGACUUGCUCACAAAGUGCAAUAAUGUAUACCUGUCUAGUCGAUGGCCUUUUCAAGACUGGCCAGUCUAAGGCUGCUUUGUAUCUCUUUGAAGAGAUGGAGAACAAAGGUCUAUACUUGGAUACUGUUGCUUGUAAUGUCAUGAUAGAUGGAUACUCGAGGAUGGGAAAACUAAUGAAGGCAAAUGAACUGUUUUCAACUAUGGGGAGCAGCAGAUUGUGCCCUAAUUUGGCUACUUAUAAUAUUCUCUUGCAUGGAUACUCGAAGAACCGGGACCUCGUGAAAUGCUCUAUGUUAUACAAUAACAUAAUCCAGGCCAGAUUAUUUCCCGACAAAUUGACUUGCCACUCUCUUAUUCUUGGAUUAUGCGAGUCCGGUAUGUUGGAUGUUGGCCACAAAAUGUUGAAUAAGAUGAUAAUGGAAGGUGCUAUAGCUGAUCAUCUAACAGUUAACAUGCUUGUUAGCAAGUAUUCUGAGACUGGUAAGAUGGUGAAGGCCUUUGAGCUAGUUAGUGUCCUGAAUCUGUUAGGCGUUUCUGCUAAUAUAGACACCCACAUUGCUAUCUUGAAUGGACUAUUCAGAAGCCAAGAUUUCCAAGCAUCCCGUGCCCUUCUUUAUGAAAUGUUGGAAAAAGGUUUCACUCCCAAGGAUACACAUUAUUUCACCUUAAUUAAUGGUAUGUGUAGAGUGGGAGAUAUACAAGGAGCAUUCGAACUAAAAGAUCAUAUAGAGGCUCUUGGUGUUACUACCAGUGACAUUGCUGAGAGUGCUCUGGUUAGAGGGCUCGCGAAAUGCGGGAAGAUUGAAGAAGCAAUGCUGGUUCUUGAUCGCAUGCUUCGAAUGAAACUCAUUCCAACAACUGCUACUUUUACUACUUUGAUGCACAUGUUCUGCAAACAAGCCAACCUUGCAGUGGCUCUAAAACUGAGGGGCACAAUGGAAUGCUGUGGUGUGAAGCUUGAUGUCCCUGUGUUUAAUGUUCUCAUUUCAGGCCUUUGUGCUAAUGGUGAUGUUGUGGUUGCAUUUGAGCUUUAUGAGGAGAUGAAACAAAGAGGUCUCAUGCCCAACACUACAACUUAUACUCUGCUCAUUGGUGCUGUUUCCUCUCAUAAUAAUCUUAUUAAAGCUGAACAACUUUUGGGAGAUUUAUCUGAAAGGGGACUGAUAUCUGGAAAUUUGGAUGGAAGCGCCCAAAUGCUACAUGAGGGGUUGAUGAAUGCAAUGGGAAGACUAAAUUCUUUGAGGCGCAUAAAAGGAACUAAUACUAAAGAGAGGUAGUAAAGCCGUACUUGGAUUGGGAUAUGCGACCACAAUGGGCUUUCAUUACUUAACCAAGUUAUGAUAUAAACUUUUCUACCGGAGGUCUGAUGGGAGAUGGGAUUGUGAUUGGUUCACUUUACUUAACGAAGUUUUGAUAUAAACCUUUCUACUUGAGGUCCGUUGAGAGAUGAGACUGCAAUGGCUCUCAUCGCUUACUGAAGUUAUAAUACAACAUGACCUUCUGCUAUAGUUUAUAGAGUGAAAUGCAGUCUACCUCAUGCUUGGAUGUCAUGUUUUGUGAUAUGAUAUUUGUUGUGGCAAAAUGAAUCAUGCCCCAUUCUAUGUAACAUAGGCUUCUUUCUGGAAACAAGUGCUGGAAUGCUAAAGAUGCUCUCAUAUAAUGCAUAAGGUUUGCUGAUAGGUAAUAUGCUAUUAUUUCUUUUAGGUGGUUCUUUCUUUUAUCGCCAUGUCUGAUUAUUUCAUUGUUGCACUCCACCUAUCAAAGAGACGGGCUCUUGGUUUCUGUGCAAUGGAUAAGGGUUUAAGAGCAGACUCUUGCACAUGAUACUUCCUUCCUAUAAACAUGAUUCUUGAGCAAGUUUAUUGUAGUUGAGGAAUCAGGAUGUUUGAGAGAGCAGUGUCAUUUGGCUCACUGCUUGGAAGGUCAGGAUCAGUAAUCAGUGCCAUUCGUUACCUAAUCAGUCAGUUUUUUUUGCCCAAAAAUACGUUUAUGCAAAGCUUUCCACCAUCCCCAAAAUCUUCUUGUUUGUAUCAAAUCUAAGUUCACCAUUUUUCUUUCUGCAGUGAAUAAUGAAUUAUAAUCUAUCCUGGGGGCUAUGACUAGCCAAAUUUUGGUUAGACACGUCACAUGCCCAUAAAGGUGGAGGAAACAGCUCUUUGAUAGAGAAAGAAGUUGGCCAUUGAUUGAGGGAACCAAAUGAAGCGGGUGUCUCAAUCUACAUCUUCAUUUUGCACCUGAUGCUGGAGGCACAGGGACUUCACUGCAAGGGAAUAUGUUGAUGUGCUGCCAUGUAUUUUAGGGUUCUCUUUUGCAAAAUAUAAUGCCUUUGUUAUGGGCAUGGCAGACAGAAUCUAGCAAAAUUUACAUGGAUGAAUUGCUAUUGUUGACUUUGUAUAAUUAAUAAUGUUCAUAUUGAUUUGUAUAUAUUCACAUUGUCUCA